AUGGAGGAAGUUGGUGCCAACGAUAUGUUCCCCGAGAAACAGGUGGUAACUGGGAAGAUAAGCAGCAGUGUAGUAACCUUUAGCUUUUCUCACCUUCGGUAUCACGACACGCAUGAGGUCACGCGAUCGCAAACAUCGACCCGCCUCUGGGAAAUUCUAUUGCAGGUGCCGCAAACUGCGUGCAGCACAUGCGGUAAUGUCGUGACUAGCUCGCGUCGAAGUGAACUUUCCCGAAGGCCCACAGGCGUUGGUCUCGACGCCUUGGAACAGCCAAUCACAGUUACCGCAAAGCUGCCUUCUGGCCCGGCGAAGAAUAGCAAGCCUGCACGGGUGAACGCUCUCUCGCUGGGUCGCUGA